AUGACUGGCUCUGCGUUGCUGGGCGAACCACCAGCGACACCUGACGAUAGCCUCAUCUACAAAGCGCUGGUGAUUCUGAAUGGCUCCGACUCCUUCCCGAACCCGACACAGUAUGCGGAUGCUGUCAAGCCUCCCAAUGAUUUUGACGGCAAUUCUCAGUUGUCCGCAGACGUUGCGCUGUUGAUAAUCGUGGUCUUGUCUACCGCAGCUCGAGUUUGGGCUCAGCGCUAUCGCAAAAAGCGCCAUGUCGCAUUUUGGAUGUCAAACGUUUUUUUAUUCCUGUCUACUUGCGCAGUCGGCCACAAUUGCCUAUGA